GGGCUAUAAGGAAGGUCCUCACCCAACAAGUAGUCACCAUAUUCCUGUCCGAGUCCUCCUGUGCAACAGAUUGUUCCUAGAUUUCCUAGUUCUCCAAACUGCAACCAUGAAAUUCUUCAUCGCCACCAUCGUAGUGAUCGCCCUCGCUCAAGAGACCUUUGCCCAAGAAGCUAUCAACUUGGAUGUAAUCAGCCAGAAAUUCGAGGAGCUCAAGACCAAAUUGGUUGACCUGCUCAACAACCAGGAUCUUGGCCAGCACACUCACGCCAUCCUAGAGGAGAGGAAGAACCAGAUUGAGCCCAUGAUAAAUAAGGCCCAGGAGCAGAUUAAAAACAUGAAGGAGCAAAUUGAGCCACUGAGCACAAACCUUCGCGCCCAGGUGCAGCCCAUGCUGCAGAUGUUCCAGGAGCAGAUGGAGGCCACCCUCAAGCUGCUGAGUGACCGGGCAAACGUUCUUACCAACUGAAAAAAUAAAACGUAACCAUCUUCUUCCAUGACUUCCUUUAGGACUCAAUGUGUUUCUGUACCUUUGUGACAAGGGAGAUUUCAUGCCCAAAAUCAAAGAAGUACAAUAAAUUCUUGAAACACA